AUGGAUGCUGGUUCAAACGGUUACGAAGAGAACCACCUCGCCUACAACUUUGGGCUGAACGAUCACUGGGCUCUGAACAACACACCGUGGAGUUGGGGCUACUACAAACGCAGCGACCUUCCAGUUCAAUAUGCUCUUGCAGAAGGCUGGACAAUCGGCGACAUGUACCAGGAGAGUGUCAUUGCUUCAACCAACCCGAAUCGUGUCACAUGGGUCAGCGGGUCUAUCAACGUCCCUGGCUCUCCGCAGAAAGCUGAUCAAGGUGGUGUCUACAUCGACAACCACGAAGUUCCGGGCUGUGAGUCCCCAGGCCUCAAUUGCUACCCAUUGUCAUGGACCACCUGUCCCGAGAUCUAUCAGAAAGCGGGAGUGACCUGGCAAGUCUUUCAAGACUCCGACAACUUUGACGACAACCCACUUGCUUGGUUCCAACAGUUCCAAGAAGCCAAAAAUGGCACCGUUCUGCAGGAGCGUGGCAUGUCCUAUCUUGGUCUGCAAGACUUUUAUGACCGCGCCGCAAAAGGGACCCUUCCCAUGAUAUCCUACAUCAUUGGUCCCACCGAACUUUCCGAGCAUCCUCCUUACUCCCCCCACGAUGGAGCUUGGCUACAACAACAAGUGGUCAAUGCUGUCACCAAGGGUAAAAACUGGAACAGUACCGCCUUGAUCAUCAGCUACGACGAAACAGGUGGUUGGGGCGACCAUGUUUCUCCGUACCAUUCUCCCAACGGCACAGCUGGUGAAUGGCUUCAAGAUCCUUACGACCUGUUUGGCUACACUUUCUCCGGCCCAGGCUUCCGUCUUCCUUUCUACAUCAUCUCUCCAUGGACCCGUGGUGGGCACGUGUUCACCGAAAAGGCUGACCACAAUUCUCAAAUCAUGUUUGUCGAGAAAUGGUUGGCCGCAAAAGGACACAAUGUCGUGACCGACCAGAUUCCAGCCUGGCGCCGCGCACACAUGUCCGACCUGACGGCUGCGUUCGACUUUUCUUCACCAAACACGUCCGUGCCUCCCAUCCCAGUGGCAUCCACACCUCACAAGGACAAGACCGGUGUUUGGGACGGCUCUUCAUAUUGCGAGGCCCAAUAUGCCGUCCAGCGCCCACCUGUGCCGUAUGCGAACCAGACGGAAGAGAAAUCCCUCAUCUCGGAAAAGGGGUUCAAAGCCGUCCGCGGCUAUCUCACUGAAGGCCGCUUCUUGACGUUCGAAGCUUCCGGCUUCGCCUUGUCCAAUCCGGGCAACAAAGCCACGAGGUUCGCCGCCUCGAAAGCCACACCCUCCCAUUCAGAUAUUGCUCAACGUUGGGUCAUACACGAGACUGCUACGGAUAGCCGGCUUUACACGAUCAGCAGUGCCGUAGACGGGCGAUAUAUUGGCGCGCAGAUGAAGCUGGUGGGCAAGGAUGAGGCGCUCGUGCAUAACAUCACCUAUCUCGGUGGUGGAAAGGGUUACAAUCUGCGCAACAGCAAAGGCAGGUACAUUACCAUCAACAGCAAGGGGAACGUCGUCAUGGCCGGAGCUGGACAAGGAAUUUCCAUUUAUAGCGUGACUUGA